CACGUAAGAGACACCUCGAUCGAGUUGCAUAGAGAAACGAGUGCCCUGUUACUGUUCCGAAAUUGUUCGGCUCCCAAAUCUUCAGAAGAACAAGGCGCAAAUUCUAUGGUGCAACGACACUCUCUCCCAAGGUCUAUCACAGAUCACAAACACGCACACGUCUCCGCCAUUGCAUCGCGCUGUCUCGAUGUUUUAGCUCGUUGUGUUUCUGAAAUGGUUGUCAUUUCCCGCGAAGUGGCAUGGAUGACGAAAGGGAAUAAAUGGCAGGAUGUGAGACUGUUAUCGUUCGACCUGCAAACGGUGGGGUUUACGCAUGCCUCGGAUUAUACCGUCUUAAUUACUUUGCACGCCUUCACCGAUACACCUAAGUACAACGUUCCUCUCUCGCUCUGCCUCAACUUGGCUUCCCAAAUCACCAGCUAUGGACCAACCCCCAUAAACAGGCUGAGUCAUACCUCCGACAUGUUCUCCCCCACAGACUACUGGCAUCCUCACUCCUCUCUUUUUCGCCCGAACUCCCCCACAUAUUCCGCUUCAUCUUCUGAGCUUCUCAGUCUGUACCAAUUCCAGACUUCAAGACCCUUGUCAUUGAUGCCAUAAAGUGUUUUCGCAUGGACGACAAACAUGCAAGGACCGCCUGCAUCGACAUGGAGGUGGUCUGUGAUAGCUCUGUUCUGAGCGUUGUGGCGAGGGCAUUGCAUGAACGAGUGUUGAGGAAGUUGAGGGAUAGGUGAUGGCAUCGACUUCCCUCCUUGACUGGCAUUCUUGACGUACAUUGUGAACACAUCCUUCCACAGAAUUAUUGCUACUUUGUGUAGUGAGUCUUGUGGUACAUGAUUUUCUCGUUUUGCUGCGAAGUUUACAGAUUGUGCAUGCUGCGAUAGCGUCAAACC